UCUUAAAUACAAAUUAUUUUUCUUAUAGAAUAUUUCACUAAAGUGCUAAUGUAAAUCUCAGAAAAUGUGCUAUUUAUUAAUCUAAUCCAGGACUCUGAAAAUGUUUAUAAUUUGAGUUGUAUUCUAUCAAGGACCAAAACAACUGAAAGUUUCCAAAUAGUAGCUGUAUUAUAUUGUAUAUAGUGUAGGAGAGAACGAUUUGCUCCUCUUAUUGAAGAUGAAACAAUAAAAGUGUAAUACUUUAGGCUAAAGAUUUAGCAACCCUCUGAAAAAUUAAAUAAAAAAUUAUGUCAUAUGAUCCAAUUAAUGUAUACACGUUUAUGUUGUGUAUAUGCAUAUGUAUUUUAUGCACACAAACACACACAUACACAUUUAAAUAGCGUGGUUGUGUAUCAGAAUGCUACCAGUGUUUUUCUUGCAGUAAACCAUGAGCUUUUAAAUUCUUUGUUCAUAUAUUCAAAAAGUUCUACUGUAUGUAUGUAUUUGCAUAUUUAAAAUUUAAAAAUCAAUAGUAAAGAACCCUUAAAAAACCCAAAUGGUGAUCUCAUUACAUGUAGUAGUGGACCAGAAACUGUGCUGCUAUAGUAAGUAGGUAGUUAAUGCCUACCUCCAGAAUAGGCUUGACAGACAUCUUGCCCUGAUAUUUAGCUUCAGGGCUCCAGAAGCCUUUUAUAGAGUGGUGUCUGCAUGUUGAAAAUCAUAUGAAGAGCUUAAAUACCUGUGCCUGGGUGCUUUCCCUAGAGACUCUGAUUUUUGUUAUGAGAUGUAGUUUGGUCAGUAGGACUCUGAAGUUCCCCAGGUUAUUGUAAGAUACAACCAAGGUUGAGAACUACCCUAUACAAAGCCUAUGUUGAACACUGUGCAUGUUAUUUUCACCUGUGUUUGUUGUUGUUAUUGUUGUUGUUUGUUUUGAGAUGAGAUCUGCUAUGUUCCCCAAACUGGUUUCGAACUCCUGGGUUCAGGUGAUCCUCCUGCCUCAUCCUCUUGAGUAACUGGGAUUAUAGGCAUGUGCCACCACACCCUUCACCUGUUUUUUAAAGCUAGGUUUUAGUGUCCAGCGUCCCACUGAAUUAAUAGAGUAACAUGAAAGACUGUUGUAUUCUCUGCCUCUAAGUUUUCCUCCCUCUAUUCUUUCUUCUACAUUGUCACAAUAAUUUUCUAAAGCAUGAAAUAAUUGUGUCAUUGCCCUGCAUGAAAGCCUUUAAUUAUCUGUUCUUUUCAGGUUAAAGUGUAAGUUCCUUAUCUGGUCCCAACCUAUUUUUUGUUUUAUCUCUUGUUAGUCUAAUGCUAGAGAUGCAGAACUCUGUUCAUACUUAACUGUUCCUUCUGUAGGCCUUUUUUUUUCAUACCUGCCUUUGCAUAUGCUGUUUUCUUUGUCACUCGUUUUCAUCAUAGCUCAAGAAUAGAUCCAGAAACAACGUUUAUUGGAAUAGAAUGAAACUAGCAUUUAUUGGACUCAUUAACUAAGGACUGUACUAGAAUGUGAAAGAUGUUGCAGAAGUGUUCCAGAAGUGGCUGAAGAUAGAAGGAAAGAAGUGCCACUGCCUAUCAGAAAAAACAAAACAAAAAAAAACAAAACAUGGGAAAUACAACCACCAAAUUCCGUAAAGCACUCAUCAAUGGUGAUGAAAACCUGGCCUGCCAAAUAUAUGAAAACAAUCCUCAGCUAAAAGAAUCUCUUGAUCCAAAUACAUCUUAUGGGGAGCCCUACCAGCACAAUACUCCAUUACAUUAUGCUGCUAGACAUGGAAUGAAUAAAAUUUUAGGGACUUUUCUUGGUAGAGAUGGAAAUCCAAAUAAACGGAAUGUGCACAAUGAAACAUCUAUGCAUUUGUUGUGUAUGGGACCUCAAAUUAUGAUAUCUGAAGGAGCCCUUCAUCCUCGCUUGGCACGCCCCACAGAAGAUGAUUUCAGAAGAGCAGAUUGUCUGCAGAUGAUCUUAAAAUGGAAAGGAGCAAAACUUGACCAGGGUGAAUAUGAGAGAGCAGCUAUUGAUGCUGUUGAUAACAAAAAAAACACACCCUUGCACUAUGCUGCUGCCUCAGGGAUGAAAGCCUGUGUAGAGCUUUUAGUAAAACAUGGAGGAGACUUGUUUGCUGAGAAUGAAAAUAAAGAUACUCCUUGUGAUUGUGCUGAAAAGCAACACCACAAAGAUUUGGCCCUCAAUCUGGAAUCUCAAAUGGUAUUCUCACGGGAUCCUGAGGCUGAAGAAAUAGAAGCUGAAUAUGCUGCAUUAGACAAACGAGAGCCAUAUGAAGGAUUAAGGCCUCAGGAUCUUCGUAGACUAAAAGAUAUGCUUAUUGUGGAAACUGCAGACAUGCUUCAGGCUCCUCUCUUUACUGCUGAAGCUUUACUUCGAGCUCAUGACUGGGACAGGGAGAAAUUACUUGAAGCUUGGAUGUCCAACCCGGAGAACUGCUGCCAACGAUCAGGUGUUCAAAUGCCAACUCCACCACCAAGUGGGUAUAAUGCCUGGGACACGCUCCCAUCUCCAAGAACUCCAAGGACUACACGCUCUUCUGUCACCUCCCCAGAUGAAAUCAGCUUAUCUCCUGGGGACUUAGACACUAGUUUGUGUGACAUUUGUAUGUGCAGUAUCUCUGUAUUUGAAGACCCCGUGGAUAUGCCCUGUGGACAUGACUUUUGUAGAGGAUGUUGGGAGUCGUUUUUGAAUCUGAAAAUUCAAGAAGGUGAAGCUCACAACAUUUUUUGCCCUGCAUAUGAUUGCUUCCAACUUGUGCCUGUGGAUAUCAUAGAAAGUGUAGUUUCAAAGGAGAUGGACAAACGAUACUUACAGUUUGAUAUUAAGGCCUUUGUUGAAAAUAAUCCUGCCAUUAAAUGGUGUCCUACUCCAGGCUGUGACAGAGCAGUAAGACUAACAAAACAAGGGUCAAAUACAUCUGGAUCUGAUACACUCAGCUUUCCAUUGCUGAGAGCGCCUGCUGUUGAUUGUGGAAAAGGACACCUCUUCUGCUGGGAGUGCCUUGGUGAAGCACAUGAGCCUUGUGACUGCCAAACAUGGAAGAAUUGGCUGCAAAAAAUAACCGAAAUGAAACCAGAAGAACUUGUGGGAGUUAGUGAAGCCUACGAGGAUGCGGCCAAUUGUCUCUGGUUAUUAACUAACUCCAAGCCUUGUGCCAACUGUAAGUCUCCAAUACAGAAGAAUGAAGGCUGCAAUCACAUGCAGUGUGCUAAGUGCAAGUAUGACUUUUGCUGGAUUUGCCUUGAAGAGUGGAAAAAACAUAGUUCUUCCACUGGAGGUUAUUACAGAUGUACUCGCUAUGAAGUCAUUCAGCAUGUGGAGGAGCAAUCCAAGGAAAUGACUGUGGAGGCUGAGAAAAAACACAAACGAUUUCAGGAACUUGACAGAUUUAUGCACUAUUAUACAAGAUUUAAAAACCACGAGCAUAGUUAUCAGCUAGAACAACGCCUUCUUAAAACAGCCAAAGAAAAGAUGGAACAAUUGAGCAGAGCUCUCAAAGAAACUGAAGGAGGCUGUCCAGAUACCACUUUCAUUGAAGAUGCAGUUCAUGUGCUCUUAAAAACUCGGCGCAUUCUCAAGUGUUCUUAUCCAUAUGGAUUUUUCUUGGAACCUAAAAGCACAAAGAAAGAAAUUUUCGAACUAAUGCAAACAGACCUAGAAAUGGUCACUGAAGACCUUGCCCAGAAAGUCAAUAGGCCUUACCUUCGCACACCCCGCCACAAGAUCAUCAAAGCAGCAUGCCUUGUACAGCAGAAGAGGCAAGAAUUCCUGGCAUCUGUGGCUCGGGGAGUAGCUCCUGCAGACUCACCAGAAGCUCCAAGGCGCAGCUUUGCUGGUGGAACAUGGGAUUGGGAAUAUUUAGGAUUUGCAUCACCAGAGGAAUAUGCUGAAUUUCAGUAUCGGAGGAGGCACAGACAGCGUCGUCGAGGAGACGUUCACAGUCUACUCAGUAAUCCUCCAGACCCUGAUGAGCCAAGUGAAAGCACUUUAGAUAUUCCAGAAGGCGGCAGCAGCAGCCGCAGGCCUGGCACAUCCGUGGUAAGUUCUGCAUCUAUGAGUGUGCUGCACAGCUCUUCCCUGCGUGACUACACCCCUGCCAGUCGCUCUGAAAACCAGGACUCUCUUCAGGCUCUGAGUUCCUUGGAUGAAGAUGAUCCCAAUAUACUUCUUGCAAUACAGUUAUCACUGCAAGAGUCUGGGCUGACCCUCGAUGAAGAAACUAGAGACUUCCUCAGUAAUGAAGCAUCCUUAGGUGCAAUAGGCACUUCUUUACCUUCCAGGCUGGACUCUGUCCCCAGAAAUACAGAUAGCCCUCGGGCUGCAUUGAGCAGCUCUGAGCUUUUGGAACUUGGUGACAGCCUCAUGAGACUAGGAGCAGAGAGUGACCCAUUUUCAACUGACACCCUGAGUUCACACCCUCUCAGUGAGGCAAGAAGUGAUUUCUGUCCCUCAGCUAGUGACCCUGACUCAGCUGGCCAGGACCCCAACAUCAAUGACAAUCUUCUUGGCAACAUCAUGGCUUGGUUUCAUGACAUGAACCCUCAGAGUAUUGCCCUGAUUCCUCCAGCAACUACAGAAAUCAGUGCAGAUUCCCAGCUCCCCUGUAUCAAAGAUGGGUCAGAAGGUGUGAAGGAUGUGGAACUGGUGCUGCCAGAAGAUUCAGUGUUUGAAGAUGCCAGUGUCAGUGAAGAUAGAGGAACCCAGAUAGAAGAAAAUCCUUUGGAAGAAAAUAUUCUGGCUGAGGAAGCAGUGUCUCAAGCUGGUGACAGUGGUAAUGAGGCGGCCAACAGAGGAGAUGGUUCAGAUGUUUCAAGUCAAACACCUCAAACCUCAAGUGACUGGCUUGAACAAGUACAUUUAGUGUGAACUGCACACAUCUGGGCUCUAAGUGAAUUACAGUUACAGAUGGUAUGCUAGGUGGAGUAUGCUUGAUAGAGACUUUGAUUCACUUAAUUCCAACUCAGUGAUAAACCACUGACAUUAGGGUUGAAUCCAAAGGAGUUCCCUUGAAUGGUAGCUUCAUUUUUUAUUUUAACCUUACAGGGAAUUUCCUUUGUAUUUAAUUGAAUAGCUUUUCCCCUUUUUGCUGACAAAAAGAAGAGCAAGAGAAAGAGAAACAAAAAUGAAAUAAGUUGUAUUCCACACUCUUCAAGAAAAUGCAGUCCUCUAUUUAGCCUAGACUUGACAAUACUUUAUUGAACAUUUAAACUAAAGGCUUACUGCCUAAUCUUUGGGUGGCUUUCCUUUAAAAAAAAAAAAAAAAAGUUUUCUUCAUUCUAGAAAUUUAUUUUGGAUAGAUCCGAUAACAUAUAUGUCUUCAAUCUCUUUGUGCUCUUCCGUAACUUACUUCCUUUUUGUCUGAGCAAUGUGAAUUGAAGUCUCUUUAGUACCACAUCUACCACAAGUGUGAUUAGUUUUAAUUUCACAUGAAUCAAAGAUUUCCUUUCAUGUCUAUUUACAGUCCAACUGUGCCAAACUCUGACUUGUGCGCUGACUAACAAGGCAUUUAGGUGUGCAGCAUCCUAGAGUGCUCCAGGGCAGAGUCAGCGUUCUCGGGAGUAAAAGGUGCCACUUGGUAGCAAUGAUAUUCCAGAAUUAAAUGGGUUUUUGUUGCCAUGGAGACUGCAUUUAUAUAAAUGUAGCCUGUAGCUUAAGUUAACUAAACCUAAUGCUGCUGUUAAAAACAGUUUAUUUUAAUAUUAAAAUACAGUUGAUUAGCAACAGCGGUGCUGUAUUUUAAGAGACACUUUAUUGGAAGUGCAAUCAUAGUUAUUUGUUUUCACAAUUUUACAGUGCAUUCUAAUUACUGAUGGGUGCAAUUACUUUUAAUGGUGUUUUGUAAAAUAGAAAAAAAAGUGGAGUUUUCAUGAGUUAUAGUAAAUCCCACGAUUAUUAAGAAAUUCAAUAAAAUAUCCUGCGCAACAUGUUACCGUGCCUUUGCCUAACCUAAAUGGAUAGUUGCCAGUUAAAUAAGUGAGUAAUUCAAAUUUCAAUGUCUCUUCUGAAGUAACUAUGCUAUGAAUUGCAAAGACCUCCAUAAAACCACCCAUGGCCUUGCUUUUACACUAAAUAUAACAACUAAAUGUUCCAUCAGUUUGUUUGCCUAAUUAGCAAAUGCUGACAUGUGUUUGUUCUAUUGCGCAAUACUCAUUUGCUGUGUGAUUACUGUUUAGUGUUGAAAAAAAUCAACUUCCUAGUUAUCGGUGUCUUACUGUGAAGAAAAUACUGGUCUUAGUUGUAAUUAAGAUACAAUGGUACAGUGUGUAAUUAAAACUAGAGUAAACUGUUGGAAUGGCUGUUUUACUUAAAUAUUAUCAAAACUAGCAUAACAUAAGCAAAAUAGAUAAGUACAACCCUCCAAUUUAGUGUUUUGCCAGAUUGUUACCAGAAAUCUACAGAUACCAAACUUUCAGUUCUGAGUUUGUACAGGCAAAUCCUGGGCUGGGUAAAAAGUUAUAUUAGUAUUGUUAUCCACAAGAGAUGUGAUUAUGGUUUUUGAUUACUUUUUUUUCUAAACCCUGAUUUUGAAAUAUCCUUGUACUUAAAAUUCAUAUUGCUAGGACACUAUAUUAGAAUAUUUAAUAUUCCCCAUAUCCUCUUAGGAUAAACUAGUGGAAAUCCUCUUAUGCCAUGGAUAUCAAAGGUCCACAUUAGUUUUUAUUUCUCCAGUGAUUAGAAACAUUGAUAUCAAUCCCUCUUAAAGUUAGUGGGGGGAAAUAUUAACUUUAUCUACAGUGUAUUACUGUAUAUUAAACUGAAAUAGUCCAUUAAAGGAUUUUUUUACAAAUUUAUUUUGGAUUAAAAAUAUCAACACCAAUAAGUUUUUAGACCAAGUUGUAAUUUUUCCGAUAUAGAGUCUUUGCAUCACAUUGAGGCAUCUUGCACAACUGCAGUUAAGGUGAGAAAGAAUGCUCUGUGUGAAGAUAGUGUACACAAUGGGUUCUGGUUUCCUUGCUCCUUGUGCAGUAUCCUUUAUUUCUGUGCUGUUCUCUCCUGAGCAUGAAAAAUGAUCAUUAUCCAAUUUGUAUUUCCUUGGUACAUAUUUUAAAAACAACACAGUCUUUGACUUUACAAUUCAGUAAUGAAGUUUGGCAAAGCCUAUUUUGUAAACAAGUUAAUUUUAUAAUGUAAAAAAAAAAAGUUAAUCUAACCUUGACUUGUUAUUUGCACUUUCAUAGUCUAUACUUGAUACAUUCCCACUUUAUAUACAGUAGGAUUCUACAAACGUGUAGAUGUUUGGCCAAAUGAAUGCUGUUAAUAAUAUGUAAAAUUCUUUGAUUAAACAUUUAUUACUUAAACUA